AUGAGCACUAUUAGUAAUAAAGACAUCGCAUUGUCUAUAAUCGACUUUUUAAAGCAAUCUAUCACCAACAAGGAAAUUUCAGAAGAUUAUGUUGAAUCAAUGGAUGUUGCUAUUGACUGUAUUGCUGAUGCAUAUGAAGUUAACAAGGAUGAUUCCAGCAAUAUCUCCGCAAAGUUCAACGGUAAGUCUUUAUCUGAGUUGAUUCAAGCCGGUUCCGCUUCCACUGGUGCUACUGAAGCUUCUACCAAGGAAGAACCAAAGGUUGUUAACGAAGAAACCAAAGCUAAGGCAAAUGAAUUGAAGGUUGAAGGUAACAAAGCCAUGGCUGCUCGUGAUUUCCAAACCGCCAUUGACAAAUACACCAAAGCCAUUGAAUUAGAUCCAAAGAACGAAAUUUUCCUUUCCAACAGAGCCGCAGCUUAUUCCUCCAAUUUACAACACGCCAAGGCUGUAGCUGAUGCUGAAAAGGCCAUUGAAAUCAACCCAAAGUUCUCCAAGGCUUAUUCUAGAUUAGGUUUAGCUAGAUAUGCUCUUGGUGAUGCCAAGGGAUCCAUGGAAGCUUAUGAAAAGGGAUUAGCUAUUGAAGGCGAUGACAAAUCUGCUGCUAUGACCAAGGGUUACGAAACUGCCAAGAAGAGAUACCAAGAAGAACAAAGCUCAGUUGAAUCAACCAGAGAAACUUCCACUGAUGCUGGUUCUAGUGCUGGUGCCGGUGCUGGUGCCGGUGGAUUGCCAGAUUUCGGAUCCAUGUUUGGUGGAGCCGGUGCUGGUGGUAUGCCAUCAUUAGGUGAUAUGAUGAACAAUCCACAAAUUAUGCAAGCAGCUCAAGAAAUGAUGUCCAAUCCUGAUGCUAUGAGAAAUUUGUUUAAUAACCCUGCUGUUAGAUCAAUGGCUGAAUCAAUGGGUUUAGGUGGUGAAAAUGGUCCUGAUUUAUCUAAUAUCAUGAACAAUCCAAUGCUUAAUCAAUUCAUGGGUGGUAAUAGAAAUAAUGACGAAUCAGGUAAUUAA